GACCAAAAUAAAGAUUAAGUAAGGAUUCGAUGUUGUACAGGUGUUUACAAAACUUGGGAAGUUUUGGGUGUUAUAUAUGGUUGGAUUGAUAGUGAGAAAAGUUUAAAAUUGAGCAUUCAAGCUCAAAUCUAGGGAUUGAUAUGAGUAGGAAAUGACCAACCAGGGAUUGAUAGUGAGAAAAGUUUAAAUUUGAGCAUUCAAACUCAAAUCUAGUUCAUGAUACAGAAUAAUGAGCAACCAGGGAUUCAUUCGCAACAUGCCAAACUGUUGUUGGAGGAUCCCACAUCAUCAGAAAUCAUCAUGGACCAAUGAAAAACACAGCUUGUAUAUUAACUCCAUGGAGGAAGUCUUUGUCUCAGGUCUUUAUCAGCAAGGAUAUUUUACAUAUCCCUGUAAAAGAUGGCAAGCAUACAGAGGAGAAAAAAUAGCCUCUGUAUUUGGUCUGGAUUUAAAUGAGGAAGUUGAAUCGGGGUUUUCCAAUGGUCAAGUACAGCUUGGAUUUCCUGAGCAGAGCCAAAGUGAAGGUAAACCAGAAAAGCCUAGCCUCUAUCAUGAUGUUCAAAACAACUCAAAAAAGUGUGGAUUGGAGGAGAUAUGUAGCAGUAAUGACACAUUUCAGGAACAGGAUAGGAAUGGGAGAAGAAAGAAGAGGAAGUCACAACAUGGAGAGAGGGAAAUAACAGCUGUGUUCGAAGAAGUGCAGUCUAAAUAUAAUGAUGAACAUGCUAGAAAUUUUUAUGCAGGGCGAAAUCGGUUGACAGAAGAUACAACUGUUUCAGAAACUUCAGUGCAAACCUUGAGUGACAACCAGGAGGAUCAGGUCAUUCCAUUCACCGAUGAGACAUCUCCCAAGGUGGAUGGCAAGCCAUGAUAACCCUAUUUAGUCUCUGGGUUGGGAGGCCGACAAAAAUGUUUCAAUGCAAUUUAAAAGUUCUACAGGCUUAACAUGUUGUGUGUUGUUUAAGGCUAGUGGUUAGGGAUAUUUAUGAUCAGUCAAUUAUUUGAAUGGAAUCUUAAUCAUUGUAAUAGUUGAUAAGAUUUAA